GGCACUCGUUUACUUCCGCUUCCUCCGGGAAGUGCAGUACAAUUGAAAAACAUAAACAAUGUCUAAUAAAGAAGUGAAAGCCGCACUGAAAAGUGCCAAGGAGGCCAUCAAAAACAAGGAAUUCAAGGAGGCUUUGAAGCACUGCAAGGCUGUUCUGAAACUUGACAAGAACAAUUACAAUGCAUGGGUUUUCAUUGGCCUGGCAGCCAGUGAGCUGGAGCAGCCAGAUCAGUCCCAGGCAGCCUAUAAAAAAGCAGUGGAGCUGGAGCCAGGGCAGCUGCUGGCCUGGCAGGGCUUAGCAAAUCUUUAUGAAAAGACGGACCAGUGGGAUUUUAAAGUUGAGCUGCCUAACGCCUACCAGAAACUAGUUGAGCUGUAUGCAAGGUCCGAUAAAAACAAAUGUUAUGAAGUGGUCAAAAAGCUGUCGGAUAUUUAUCAGUCUGACAGGGAAUAUUUGAAGUUGGCAAAGGUUUGGCUGCAGCUUGUUCAGCUGAAGGAGGAAGAGGGCGUGGAUAAGAAAGAAUUAGUGCAGCUAUUGCAUAAAAUGAUUGAGCUUCUUUCAGAGUGCAUUAAUGAGGAGGAGCAAGACAAUGAAACUCAGCAACAUUUAAUCACAGCUUUUGAGAAAGCCAUGAUUCUCAUGGAGCCUGUACCUGGAGAGGAGCACAAGAAGCUCUCAGCUGGUUAUGUUAACUAUCUCUCUAAACUGCCACACGAAGAAGCCAAAAUGAAAGAAGCAUGUCAGUCCAUGAUAUCACUCUACCCAAACCAAACUUAUCCCCUUAAGGCUCUUUGCCAUCACUACAUCAAAACAAAUAACAUGGAUGAGGAUGCAGUAAGUUGUUUUACCCGUCUUUUGGAAGUGGCUCCCAACAGUGGGCUUGGUCGCUUGGGCCGGGGUACCAAAGCCCUUCUGGAAGGGAGGUAUAAAGAAGCCAUUGACGACCUGGAGCAAGGGCUAAAGAAAAGGAGCUUAUCAACAGGAUGGUACAAUCUGGCUGAGGCUCAGAUGAAAUUACACAGAUACUCUGAUAGUGCUACAUCCUGCUCACAAGGACUGGAUGUUUGUACAUCUGAAGACAUAAAGCUGAAGGACAAACUGCUGAGACUGAAGCUGGAGGCUUUAGUGAGAAGCGGAGGAGAGAGGGCUGCUGAUGAGGCUAUUGAGACUUUUUCACAGAUUCCUGAAGCUGAGAAAGACCCUGUGCUAUUAGUCUUUAAAGGACAUUCGUUUCUUAACAAAGGACAGCUUGAUCAAACCCUCAAGCUGUUGUCAGAGCUUGAGGCCUCAAAUUCAAACCUGGCCCAGGGAUCAGCAUUAAGAGGACGGCUGCAUUUAGCUGAAGGUCAGCUGCAGCUGGCAGAGCAGAGUUUCCUAAAAGCUGCUAGUCAGAGCCCAGACAGCGGAGAAUAUUAUUUCCUGCUUGGAAAACUCUACUGGGACAUGGAGGCGGAGACCCGGAAAGAUCGAAGCAAAGCACACACGCACCUAUUAAAGGCUGCAAAGUUGGAUCCAAACCUGGGCUGUGCUUUUCGCUACCUGGGGCAUUAUUACCGCGAGGUGGCAAAUGAUAACGGUCGUGCACAAGGCUGCUACAAGAAGGCUUUUCAGCUGAACAGCGAUGAUGCUGAGUCUGGAGCUGCUGCUGUAGAUCUCAGUAUGGGACAGGGGGAUAUGGACAACGCUUUAGUGAUACUUCUGUCAGUGAUCGAGAAAGCUACUCCAGGCUCAGCUAAGUGGGCCUGGAUGAGACGAGGCCUGUACUACCUGAAGGUCGGAGAACAUCAAAAGGCCAUAGCUGAUUUGCAGGCAGCUUUGAGAGCAGACCCUGAGGACUGGGUGUGCUGGGAAUGUUUAGGUGAGGCUUACUUAAACCGGCGGAGCUUCACAGCAGCUCUGAAGGCAUUUGGUAAGGCCCAUCAGCUUCAGCCCAGCUCCAUCUACAGCGUCUACCAGGCCGCUGCUAUCAAACAGACUCUGGGCAAGUUCAAAGAGGCAGCGGCAGAGUACCUCCAAAUCACAACCAAGCAGGAUUACGUUCCUGCUCUUAAAGGACUUGGGGAGUGUCAGUUGUCUCUGGCAAAAAGUUUAAUGGGGGACUGCAGAGAUGGAGGAGCUGUUGACCUCAUUCAGUUAGCCAUACAAAACCUCUUCAGAGCUGCGAAGCUGCGACCAGACCUGUCUUGCUUGUGGAAACUCCUGGGAGAUGCGUGCACUGCUGUCACCACUGUUUCACCGAACAGGGCUGAAGUUCUGGUGCCAGCCUUGUUGGCUGGUUUAAAUCCCAGCACGCAAGAUCACAUACUUAACCAGGCUGAGAUGCUCAAAGUUGGUGAGAGGUGCUACGCUCAUGCUUUGAAGUUGAAGCCUGAGGUUGCCAGUCUUUGGCACGAUUUAGGCCUCAACUAUUACCAUCAGGCCAGCAGCCUGCCCUGUCUUACAGAGAGAGAACAGGACUCCCAGCCUCUGAACUUAGAGAAAGCUCAGCAGUGUUUAAAAAAGGCUAUUAAGAUGGACAGUGAGAACCACGGCUACUGGAAUGCCUUGGGAGUGAUCUCCACGAACAAAGGUCUGGAGAACUUUGCUCUGGCUCAGCAUUGCUUCAUAAAGUCCAUACAAGUAGAGCCAAAUAAUGUAGUUGCAUGGACAAACCUUGGAAGCCUGUAUUUGAAGAAGGACAAUAUAGAGCUUGCACAUGAGGCCUUCAAAGUUGCUCAGUCCUUGGAGCCACUUUAUGUCAACUGUUGGAUUGGACAGGCGCUGGUAGCAGAACGUGUGGGAAGCUAUGACACUAUGGAUCUUUUCAGGCACACUACUGAGCUCAGCACACAUAUGGAGGGUGUGAAAGGUUACGCCUUCUGGGUUUGUUCCACCCUGCUGGAUAAGAGUAACAGAGACACUGAGCUGUACCGCUACAAUAUAGUACAAAUGAAUGCAAUCUCUGCUGCUCAGGUGGCACUCAGCAAGUACACAGAGAGAAUCCAGACUGACCCUGAUGCCUUCAUCAUGCUGGGAUACCUGAAUGAACAUCUGCAGCUGAAGACGCAGGCCUUACAGGCGUACCAGCGAGCAGUUGAGCUGCUUCAGUCUAUGUCUUCUUCAGAAGAGCUGGCUUUUACUCUGGGCAGCUAUGCUCGGGCUUUAUGUUACUCAGGCCAGUGGGAGGAGGCAGUACAGGUAUAUAACUCCACUCCUCUGCAGGACCUCAGUGACCUGGUCGGGCUGGCUCUGACCUACUGCAGGGCAGGACUCUUCCCUGAAAGCAUCAGCACCUAUGAACGGGCCUUGGCUGUAGCUUCCAGUGAGAAGGAUAAAGCUUCCAUAUUGACUGCUCUGGCGAUGCUGCAGCACAGGCAAGGCAACCUCGAUUUAGCCAAGACUCUGCUCUUUAAAUGCUCGUUGCUAAAGGAGCCAAUCUCGGAGUCUCUGCUGUGUUUAUGCGCCUUGGGAUUGGUCCACCGUGAUGCGACGCUAGCUGCUGCCGCCCUGACCGAGCUGCUAAAACAAGGUUCGGCUUCAGGGAGUGUUGUGAAGCAGCAGUGCCUGCUCACCUGCUCCUUACUGGCCCUUCAGGGCAAUUACAGCGCAGUCCAAAGAGAAGCCUCCAGAGCUGUGCACAGGAAUCCUGGAAACCCAUCUCUCUGGGCUCUUUUGUCCAGAGUGAUACCGCAGUACUACCCUAGAAAGGCAAAUGGUGGUGCUGUUGCAGGUCAUGUUGCCUGUCUUGCUAGUAUGACCCAAGGAAAGAGGGCGCUGUUGUACAGCGGAGUCAACCAGCUGGCCAGUGGGAGACACUCAGGAGAGGACACUCGGAGGAAUGCCCUGAAGACGAUGCAGAGAGCCGUACUACUCUGUCCUGAUGAUCCAGCAACAUGGGCAGGAUUAAUGGCCGCCUGUCACACUGAAAACACUUCCUGUUAUCUUUCUGGGUCUGCUCCUCGCAGACAGUCACUCGAGCGUACACUCAUGGCGGUGGUUUCUGACAAAGUGCAUAAUGUGGAAGAGAUAGAGCGCCCUCUAGCCCAGUCUCUGGAAGGCUGGGUGUUGCAGCAGGCGGUGACAGGUCUCAUGCUGCAGGGACAGCUGGACCAGGCUGAGGCCCUCUGCAUGCAGGUUUUAAAUGUGUCCCCUGAACACCCAGCAGUGAUGCUGUCACUGAGACAGGUUCAGUGUCAGCGCCUCCUCAUGACUGAUGGUGGUGCUGUCCUCCCAGACCCCGUCCUGGAGCAGCUCAACAAAACUGUAGCGAUGAACUCCGCUAACCUUGGAGCGUGGCAUUGGCUGGCUGAGGUGUAUCGGAGCCAGGGCCUUCUGGUUCAGGCUGUCAUGGCUUACAGGCAGAGUCUGCAGCUCGCCCUGCAGCUUGGCAAGCACAGUUACCAGGUCGCCAGCCUGCUCCGACUUGCGCUGCUAGCUUUAGGACCCUGUAUGGUCACUCACGUGGUCAUUGAUGUCCCCCAGCAGAAUAAAGAAGUCCCCAGCCGGCGCACCUUCUGGCACACCCACCAAGGAUUCCAAGAAGGCCGGGUGGUGGGUCCACAGAAAGGCAAACCCAUGUUACUUCUUCAGGCUGAGCCCAACCAGACCCCAUGGACCCAUGAAGCUGUCGGCUACCUGGGGCAGUUCCCGGCGAGUCUUCCUCAUGGUGUAUCCUGGUCUGAUCCACCAGAGAACCCCAGAAAGACGAGUGACCUGGUGCCUUCAACACUGACCCGGUAA